GCCGAAGCCGGAACUCUCCCUACGUCACGUCCGGCCCGUGAGUGGCGUACGCGCAACGACGUCAGAGCCUGGCGGAUUCUCCGGGCAGCUUCGGGCUACCCCGUGCCCAGGCUGGCUGAACCCCGGUCACAAGCCCUAAGGGACCCCGAAGAUCCGGCCAGAGACACCGACUGGGACGCGUAGUUGUCUACCGCUGGGGGAGCCGAGAUUUGUAGUUUUCAAGUGUAGCCAACUAUUCUUUUUCUUCCCCUUCCCUUGUGACUCUUCCUAGGGGAACCGGCGGGACCUUUCCGAGGCAAAACGGCGAAGUGGGUGGCUCUAGGCAUUCACUCGUUUCUCAUGCCGACCCUGUUAAGCACUCUCCCACCAGAACAUCUUCAGUUAAAAAUCGGAGCAGAGGAUCUGGUCUCCCAGUUCUGUCAUUUACGUGGGGAGGACUCCAGGGAAAGCCCGGCCUGUUCCUGCUGGAGGACUUCGGGGUCCCGAGCGUUCCCUCUACGCCCCUUCCCAGACAGCUGACAGCCCAAGUCGGAAAGCUGUUGGAAGCUAUUGGCCCCGACGCGCUUCCGGGGCCUGUGGGGAGGGGCAAUGGACUGAGUCCCGCCCCCUUCAGGGGCGGAGCCACGGAUAGGGACUGGCCUGAGCUGCCGCAGGACACCAUGAAGCAGCUGCCAGUCUUGGAGCCUGGAGACAAACCCAGGAAAGCAACAUGGUACACCUUGACUCCCCCUGGAGACAGCCCCUGUGCUCGAGUUGGCCACAGUUGCUCAUAUUUACCCCGAGUUGGUGAUGCCAAGAGAGGGAAGGUUGUCAUUGUUGGAGGAGCAAAUCCAAACAGAAGCUUCUCUGAUGUGUACACCAUGAAUCUGGGGACACACCAGUGGGACUUAGCUACCUAUGGGGGCCUCUUGCCGCGGUACGAACAUGCCAGCUUCAUUCCUUCCUGCACACCUGGCAGCAUCUGGGUAUUUGGAGGGGCUGACCAGUCAGGAAAUCGAAAUUGUCUCCAAGUCCUAAAUCUUGAAACCAGGAUUUGGAGGACGCCAGAAGUGACCGGCCCCCCACCGUCUCCAAGAACAUUCCACACAUCAUCAGCAGCUAUUGGAAACCAGCUCUAUGUCUUUGGGGGUGGAGAGAGAGGUGCCCAGCCUGUGCAGGAUAUGAAGCUGCAUGUGUUUGACGCAAAUACUCUGACCUGGUCACAGCCAGAGACAUUUGGAAGUCCUCCAUCUCCCCGGCAUGGUCAUAUGAUGGUGGCAGCAGGGACAAAGCUUUUCAUCCAUGGAGGCUUGGCAGGGGACAAAUUCUUUGAUGAUUUCCAUUGCAUCGAUACAAGUGACAUGAAGUGGCAGAAGCUCAGUCCCACAGGGGUGGCCCCAGCAGGCUGUGCUGCCCACUCAGCUGUGACUUUGGGAAAACAUAUAUAUGUCUUUGGAGGAAUGACUCCCACCGGAGCACUGGACAAAAUGUACCAGUAUCACAUAGAAAAACAGCUAUGGUCUCUGCUUAAAUUUGAUACUUUGCUGCCCCCUGGACGUUUGGACCAUUCCAUGUGUAUUAUUCCAUGGCCAGUGACAUCUAUUUCUGAGAAAGAAGACUCAAAUUCUGUUACCCUAAACUAUGAAACUGAGAAAGGGGAUUCCAUCGACAGAGUGGCACCAUGUGGCAGCACACCUGAGGAAAGCCAGAGUGACAUACUUCUAUGUUUUGUGUUUGGUGGGAUGAAUACAGAAGGGGAAAUCUAUAAUGAUUGUAUUGUGACUGUAAUUGACUAAAAAAAAAAAAAAGAAAAUAUUGUUACUUUCAUUAAAGUUAAGAGAAACUGUAA